AUGCCCGUAAACAAGCUCCAUUCUUCGCCUGCGGAGGCGGACGGUGCUGAUGAUUCGGGGAUUCACUGGAGACGGCAGCCGUUUAGUCGCGUGCACGACUUUGGCUCGAAACAUGCUUGUACGCCUAAAGGUGGCGAGACAGCGUUGGCCAGUGACGCGGCAAACGCUUACCAGCUGGCCGUGUCGAUUCUUCCAAAGCGAGACCUUGUCGGGGGUCCGGAGGCCGUAGCCAACGCCUUUCUCGACAUACACCAUGUUGAACUCGUUAGUCAUCGUCUACGAUCAACCGCCCCUGCGGAGUAUUUUUUGAACACUACGCAUCUUUACCUUCAAAAAAAUGAGCUUGAGGACAUUGAAGGGCUGCAACUGCUUUCCAAGCUGCAAGUUCUGGUCCUUCAUCACAACAAAAUCCGUUCCAUUACACCAUCGGCUCUUCUGAACGAUUUAAUCUACCUAGACGUGAGCUUCAACUGUGUUGCACAGCUGAGUCCUGCCUCGGACUUACCAUGCGAUUCACUGAAGUACCUAAACCUCAUCGGAAACCCAUACUGCCCUGUUCCUAGCGAUCCUCUUGAUUCGGCCGUCACAUCAUCGGACGCCCCAGACACGUGGCAAACCCACGCGGAGGACUCCACGGCUGCAAUCAAAAAAUACCGACAGCACCUAUGUGAAGUUUGUCCUGAAUUAGAGAUGUUAGACAACACACCGUGCUCCCUACACGUCGGGAGCCGAUGGGGCGUCUUGGAGGAGGGAGAGGAAGGGAAGAAAAUUUCUUGCGUGUCCGGCGGCGCACCACCACUUGUCGAGCCCAUAGGGGAGAAGGUUGCCAACUCCACAAGGGAUCUAGCCGCUAACUGUGGCGCCAAAAAUGGCAACGACGCGAGCUCUCUCCACAACCCGAGGUGUGAGUCAGCGCGUGCAAAUGGCGGAACCACAACCUUUGCGGGAGGAUUUGUACUGAAUAAAAGUGAUAAUGCGUCAUCAAGUGAGCCGCUCCUAGAGUCUUGUGUGCCUAUUACACCGACAGCAGGCGGCCGGGCAAAGCUGAGGCUGAUAGCACAUACGCAGUAUGCCCGAGUGCGGCAGGAAUCUCUUUUUAGUUCGUCAUCCAAGGGUUCGCUCUCUUCUCUCGAUGACAGUGAAGAAGGCAACGAGGCCAACGGGCGGGUGAAUGGCACAAACCGCACAAGGGAAGCUUUAGAGACAGGGCAGCAGCAAAGCUUCGAGAAAGGGGGGGAUUGCGUGGUAGCACAAGGGGAGGCUCAGGCCCUUAUCAAAUGUCAUCCCGGUGAUGCUUCUGCGGUUGGCCCGAGUGUUGGAAAGAAUGACGAGGAGCGCCUUUUAUCACACUUUACACUCCUUGCGCAGACACGUCGUGAAUUGCUUUCAGGUCACAAAUCUGUCUGCCGCCAUACUCAUAGCGCGCCUGACACCGCUUCUGCUGCGGGUCUGUUGCUGGAUGCCGCCAAGACGACAAGGGAGCCCAAUGUUUGCUUUUCUGAAGCUGGGGAUGAGGCUCAUGCAGCGAUGGUCACAGACUUGCAGAGGCGCCAUCGAAGGGUAUAUGAGGACAUGAACUACGCAAACCACGUUACUUACAACCGUCUGGAGCGCGCGCUGAAGGACCAGUGGUCUUCUGUUGACAAAGUGAUCCAGACUCGUCAUGCCAUUGUGAAGGAGCGCCAGCGACGACUGCGUGUACUUCCAUACGAGCGUUCCGCUGCUUAUAAGGAGUCGUUGGAGAUGCUGCAGAAGGAGUCCAAAUGUGAUGAUCUGAAUCGCUACCGAUGA